AAAAUUUGUGAAAGAGAUUACAAAACAACCUUUAGUUCCCUAUAGUCCGUUCAUCUUCUCCGUUCUACUUCUACUCCUCUCACGCGGUCAGCCGGUCACUCCUCUCCGUCAUCUGCUGCGGGCCUGCGGCGGUAAGCAGCCAAGAGGACGGCGGCCAGAGAAACUCCAGGUCUCCAACAAGAAGGACGGCGGACAGGACUGCAUCUCAAACCACAGUGCAACUCCAGGUCUCAUCCAGGGUUUUUCAUCCUUCUCCCGCGCACUAAAAAUGACUAAGCUGAGGAAGCUGAAUCGCCCUACGGGUCAUCGACUGUCCAUGCUCAGGACAAUGGUGUCGCAGUUAGUCAAGCAUGAGCGCAUAGAGACUACUAUCGCUAAAGCUAAGGAAGUUCGUAGGCUUGCUGAUAAUAUGGUGCAGCUGGGAAAAGAGGGUACUCUGUGUGCUGCAAGGCGUGCAGCUGGCUUUGUGCGCGGUGAUGAUGUUCUUCACAAGCUGUUUACUGAACUGGCAUAUAGAUACAGAGAAAGAGCUGGUGGAUAUACAAGAUUGUUAAGAACACGUAUUCGAGUUGGUGACGCUGCUCCUAUGGCGUAUAUUGAGUUCAUUGACAGGGAGAAUGAACUUAGACAAUCAAAACCGCCCACCCCACAACCACCACAAAAACCAGCCAUGGAUCCAUGGACAAAGUCCCGGCUCUGCAGGCAGUUUGCACCCCCUAAAGAGGAUAAUAGUUCCGACUCCGAGAAUUGAAAACAUUAGUAACAUAUCGAGUAUAUGGAAGAAUUUCUCUCCUCUGGCAGUUUGUAUUGCCAAAUCUGUUACUCCCUUCAUUCCAACAUGUAAGUGGUACACCUGCGCUUGCAAGCUUUUUAUGAAAAUAAAGAUCAUUCUUUUUAUGAUACAAUUGUAAUCUUGUUGAUGUAAAAAAGAUUGGUAUGAGUACUGGAAAAGUAACAGAUGAAGUUAUAGACAAAAUGAUUAACUGAAAAAGUAGAAAGCUAGUGUAACUAAAACAGAAAAUGCUUGUGGAGCUGAUGUGGACACGGUUUUAUUCAAUUUUUAAAAAAUUAUAAAAAAGACUAAAUACACAAUAUCAUAUUAGG